AUGUUGUUCUGGGCUGUGUGGAGUAUAAUUUUGUUGCUGAUUCCACUGGAUUCUGCAGAAAAAGAGAAUGAGGAUAUCCGAGCAGGCUGCAGCACAGCAGUGAAUGACUUGGUCUUUAUUGUUGAUGGGUCGUGGAGUGUUGGGGUUGCGGAUUUCGAAACAGCCAAGCAAUGGCUUAUCAACAUCACCAGCCAGUUUGACAUCAGUUCUCACUAUACACAGGUGGCUGUAGUCCAGUACAGUGACACUCACCGUUUGGAGAUCCCUCUGGGAAAACAACAAAGUGCUGCAGAACUCAUUCAAGCUAUAAGAGGCAUCACUUACAUGGGAGGCAACACACAGACUGGCAGAGCCAUUAAGUUUGCUGUGGACCAUGUUUUCGCCACAUCCCAGCGAGCCAGCCAAGUCAAGAACCGCAUUGCUGUUGUGGUUACAGAUGGCAAAUCCCAAGAUGACGUAAUGGAUGCCAGUAUAGAGGCAAAAGCUCAAGGCAUUACCGUGUUUGCAGUUGGAGUCGGUAAUGAGAUCACAAAUUCGGAGCUUAUAUCUAUUGCAAACAAACCAGCUUCCACCUAUGUGCUGUAUGCUGAAGAUUACACCACCAUUGAUCGUAUUCGAGACUCUAUGGAGCAGAAACUCUGUGAAGAAUCUGUGUGUCCCACAAGAAUACCAGUGGCAUCUCGAGAUGAAAAAGGCUUUGAGCUAAUGGUGGGCAUGAAUAUUGAGAAAAAAGCAAAGAAAAUUCCUGGCUCCCUAGUGUCCGAGAAUGCCUAUGUCCUUACUACCGCAAAUGAUAUUACUGAGAACACCAGAGAAAUUUUCCCAGAAGGCCUUCCACCAUCUUACGUAUUUGUAGCCACUAUUCGUCUAAAGGGGAUUGCUCAAAGCUUGACCUUUGACCUCUGGAGAGUGCUAUCUAAGGACAGAAAGAUCCAGGCUGCAGUGACGCUAAACGGAAAGGACAAAACUGUCACCUUUACCACGACUAAAAUACCAAACAAGGAGCAGCAGAUUGUCUUCAGUAUGGGAUUUGAGGAUCUAUAUGAUGGGAUGUGGCAUCAGCUUAAACUCCUAGUAAGACCUAGCCAAGUUACCAGCUUCCUUGAUGAUCAACGACUUGAGGAAAUCACACCGGAGCCAAUGGAGCCCAUUUACAUCAAUGGGAAGACACAGGUGGCAAAGAGGCGUGGAAUAGAUGUCACCGUCCCUUUGCAAAUCCAGAAACUGCGUCUGUACUGUGAUCCUCUUCAGAGUGAGAGAGAGACAGCUUGUGAGAUCUUCUAUGUGGAUGAUGAAAGGUGUCCUCUGGAUCGAAAAGCCACGAUUGCAGAAGUUGAAGGCUCCAAUGGUGUCGUUGGACCUCCUGGGCAGCGUGGCCCGCCAGGACUCAUGGGCGAGAAAGGGGAAGCAGGACCACCCGGAGCUGAUGGUAAGCCUGGUGAAACAGGAAAUCCUGGCCCUCCUGGAUUGAUGGGGAAGAAGGGGAACGAUGGCUUACCAGGACCAAGAGGACUGCCUGGAAUCAAGGGUGACAGCGGGACGACUGGAUUCUCUGGACCUCAGGGUCUUCCUGGAGAGAGGGGUGAGCCAGGACCUCCAGGAGAGGCAGGACUAAAGGGAGAUCCUGGUACUGUUGGAGCUCAAGGAGUCCCGGGUGCUCAGGGACCUCAGGGAGAAGCAGGUCCACGGGGACCUCAGGGUGAAACGGGCUUGCAAGGACCACCUGGCAUUCAAGGACCAUCGGGCAACUGCGGUGAUUCACAGGUUACCGGUAAUGCUUGUCUUGGCUCACCAGGGCAGAAGGGCGCAACGGGAGAGCCAGGUUUUCCAGGCCUACCAGGUGCUCCUGGGCAUCCAGGAUACAAAGGUCAUUGGGGAGAGAUGGGUGCCCCUGGCCCAAAAGGAAAUAAGGGGGACCGCGGGAGAGAUGGAGAGGCUGGUGUUCCUGCAAUGCCUGGCCAAGCGGGACCCAGGGGAAGGGAAGGAGAGAAAGGCUUGAAAGGAGAUGAGGGCCCUAAGGGGGCUGAAGGAAAGAAAGGGGAUAUGGGCCACAAUGGCCACAGGGGUGCUGUUGGUCCAAGGGGAUUUCCUGGUUUAGAUGGGUUGCCGGGUCAACCGGGUCAGCCUGGAUUUCCUGGAAAGCCAGGCAAGUCUCCAUCAGAUGAGCAUCUUGUAAAGCUCUGCACUGAUGUCCUCCGUAGUCAACUUCCUGCACUUCUCCAGACCAUGGAUAGAUCAGCAAUGUGUGAACCCUGCGAUAUUGUGAAGGGCCCCCCUGGUGAGACAGGUGCCCCAGGACCCAAAGGCUCCAUGGGAAUCCCUGGUUAUCCUGGCAGAACUGGCUCUCCAGGUUAUCCAGGGACUCCUGGAUUGCAAGGUGCUCCGGGCCUCAAAGGUGAAAUAGGACCAAGAGGGUUCAAGGGUAGCAAAGGUGAGGGUCAACAGGGGCGUCCAGGACCAUCAGGACAGAUGGGGGCUCGAGGUCCUCGUGGCUUUGAUGGAGUUGGACAACCAGGCAACCAGGGAAUUCCUGGGAAACCAGGACCCCCUGGAGAUCCCGGUAAAAGGGGUAAUCCAGGGACACCGGGGAUAUGUGACUUAUCCAUGUGUUAUCAGACCUACAACCUAAGGGAACGUUACAGCAAAGGACCCAAUAUCUGA